AUGGGAGGCGUCCGUGAAAAGAAAGUUGAGUACUUCGCUAAGUUGAGAGAAUACUUGGAAGAAUACAAGUCCAUCUUCGUUGUUGGUGUUGACAAUGUCUCUUCCCAACAGAUGCACGAAGUCAGAAAGGCUUUGAGAGGUGAAGGUGUUGUCUUGAUGGGUAAGAACACCAUGGUUAGAAGAGCCAUCAGAGGUUUCCUAUCUGACUUGCCAGACUAUGAAAAGUUGCUACCUUUCGUCAGAGGUAACGUUGGUUUCAUUUUCACCAACGCUUCUUUGAAGGACAUCAAGGAUGUCAUUGUUGCCAACAAGGUUGCUGCCCCAGCCAGAGCUGGUGCCGUUGCCCCAGAAGACAUCUGGGUCACUGCCGUCAACACCGGUAUGGAACCUGGUAAAACCUCUUUCUUCCAAGCUUUGGGUGUCCCAACCAAGAUUGCCAGAGGUACCAUUGAAAUUGUCUCCGAUGUCAAGGUUGUCGAAGCCGGUACCAGAGUCGGUCCAUCUGAGGCCACUUUGUUGAACAUGUUGAACAUUUCUCCAUUCACCUACGGUCUAACUGUUGUCCAAGUCUACGACAACGGUCAAGUCUUCCCAUCUUCCAUCUUGGACAUCACCGACGAGGAAUUGGUUUCCCACUUCAUCUCUGCUGUUUCCACGAUUGCUGCCAUCUCCUUGGCUGUUGGUUACCCAACCUUGCCAUCUGUUGGCCACACUUUGAUCAACAACUACAAGAACUUGCUAGCUGUUGCCAUUGCCUCUGGUUACCACUACGCUGAGAUCGAGGAAUUGAUUGACAGAAUUGAAAACCCAGACAAGUACGCCUCUGCUGCUCCAGUCGCUGCUGCUGCCGGUGGUGCCGCUGAAUCUGGUGCCGCCGAAGAAGCUGCUGAAGAAGAGGAAGAAGAGUCUGACGCUGACAUGGGUUUCGGUCUAUUCGACUAA